GACAAGGCCAAGCAACUCGAGCUCAAGAAGGUCGUUCGACGCAGGCAGUGCCGCACCAACCAGGCCCGCUACCGCAACAAAAAGCGCAUUUAUGGAGAUAGACUCCAGCACCGGGUGCAGCAGCGGCAAGAGGAACUGCAGGCUCUCCGGCUCAAACGAUUACGGUUGUGCUUCAGCGAGAAGGCAAACCUCAGUCCGUGGGACAGUGUGAGUGAAGUCUUCCGUCUGCUGGAGACCAGCUUCCGGUCGCCGUGGCGCAUGACGAGCGUCGAUGAGAUGAUGAAGCACGCCGAGACGCAACAGAGUAUCAGUCAGCUGCGGAAGUCCUUCGCCCACGACGUGUCCAUGGACAGCGCAAGCGGCGUGGACGCACUGCUGGAGGAGCUCUGCCGCUACGCGCUGUACUUCAGCGAUCCGCAGAUUCAGCUCAAGCGCGUGGAGUCCGCGGUCCCUGGUGUGCUGACGGCCUCGGCUCGACUGAGUGUGGCGGUCUCCGAGUUCACGCUUAGCUGUGUAUUCCCGCACUUACAGGGGGCCAGCAGAAACCAGGGUGCUUGUGACGACGAUGAGCACCGAGCGUUUCGCGAGAAGCUGCUCGGUCAGCGGCUGAGCUGCCGCUGCGAGAUGACGUUCCUCUUGGACGAGGAGAGCGGUCGAGUGGUGCGUCUGGAGACGAGCAUCAACUUGGUGGAGUCGUUGGUUCAGGUACUAGACGAUGUGGUGGACGUGCUGAAGCAGGCGCUCUUGACCCCGGAGUGUGUGGUUGGUGACCUGGUUAGGUAG